CUCCUCUCUUUCUUAGCAGAUGUUCUUCCCUCCCCAUGUUGGUAUUACUAUAAGCUCUCUGAUGAGCUGUAUCUCCUUUCUUCUGCUUCCCUUUUACAGGCCACCAGCUCUACUAAAAGGCCAGGCUGACCCCCAACCUGAAUAUGGGCACAAUCACCUCGUAACUACAUCGAGCCAUGCCAGGACUACGGAGAGGCCGACACAUUUACCCAACAAGUUAGAAAGUGUUGACUUCUGAGCAGAGCUUGGAAGUUUUGCACUGGAGAUCAGAACACUGUGGCCAUGCUUCCCUCAGCCGAAAUCCUAUUAUUGACAGUCGGCCUUACUUUCCAAAUGACUUCAGGAGAUCAGUGCUCUAGUGGUAGUAACAUCUUCACAGAGAUCCUAGAAAACAGUCCUAAUGGGACAUUUGUGGCUAAUCUUAGCAUGUUCGGGGACCCCGUGACCAGCACAGUAAAGCUCUGUCUGAGUGGUACGGACGCUGACUGGUUUUACUUGGAUGGGAAGAACGUUUGGCUCAAUGUGUCAUCAGGAAAAACUCUAGAUCGAGAGGCAAUGAAUUCCUCAGUUCUCCUAGUUACUUUAUCCUGCUCUGAAGAAGGAUAUCCUACGGUCCAGUAUAGGAUAAUAGUCCAAGUCCUAAAUGAAAACGACAAUAAGCCAACUUUUUUAGAAGAAUCAAUAUUACCACACAACAUCAGUGAGCUGGCAGACAUAGAUUCGGUAGUAUUUACUGCAAAAGCUGUGGAUCGGGAUGGAGAUACGUUAAUGUAUGUCAUUGACCGAACUAUGGGUGACUACAAAUACUUUCACAUGGAUCUCCCAAACAACGGCAAAGUAUUGCUAUCCCGUCCUCUGGAUUUUGAAAGUAUUCAACAACUGGAGGUUUUUAUUCAUGCUGUGGAGAUGACAACCAGAGAACGUCAGCGCACUACAGUUAAAGUGCGGGUCAUGGUGCUGGAUGGAGAUGACCAAUAUCCACAAUUCCUCCCAUGUAACUUCAUGUCUCAUGAUGGUCUUAGUGUCUGUGUUAGCCCUACAUACUUGGUCAACAUCACAACAGAAAAGGAGCCAACAGGGCCCCUUAUCUUCUCUCCUGGACCUAUAUUUGCUGAAGAUGGUGACAAAGGAAUCAUGGCUCCCAUCUCCUAUUCCCUGCUGUCAGGUCCUGACAGUGAAAAAUUCCAGAUUGAUAAUGUGACUGGGUCCGUGUUCUUUACUCACACCCUGGAGAGCAAUCUUGCCCCUAUAACCUUUAAUCUGAAGGUUAUGGCCUCACAGGUUGGCGAUUCCAGAAAAUACUCAUUGGCUGAAGUACUGGUACGACUGCUGGCAGCAAAUAAGCAUUCACCACGGUUUGUUGUUACCCAGUACCAAGGAUUUGUUCAGGAAGAUAACAAUCCCGCAGCCCUUGUCAGCACUUACAAUGGACGUGUGCUCUCUGUUAUACCUUCAGAUGAAGAUUUCCCAAAUGGAACCAAUCCUCAGAUUCAUCUCAGCCUAGCCUCACAGUCUAAUCAUAGUCAGCUAUUUCACAUAACAGAAAGUGGUCUGCUCAUAGCCAGAGCAAACCAACUGAAAGUAAUGGAAACCUAUCCUCUAAAGAUAAUUGCAAGAGAUGAAGAAUCUGGGGAAAUAGCAAACUGCACAGUGAUCGUAAAGGUCUUGGCUCAUGGGCAAGCAGCACCUCGGGAUCCAUCAGAGCCAAAAGCCAUGUUCACUCUGCCAGACUUUCCGAUGAUAGGUGCUGGACUUGGGUUUUUUGGGAUAGUGUUUGGGUUGUUGCUGUUCCUUUUAAUAAGAAUUGUGAAGAAUCGUCGACAACAACAGCAACAGAUGAGCCAAACUUCACUUGUCACAGAGAAGCAUCCUAGUGUGAGCUUGAAAUGGUUUCAGACAGUAAAUACCAGUAAAUCUUCACCACAGCGAGCAGAGAAAGGCUACCAAAAUGCAGCUUACAGUGAGAGCCCUGAUGAUGUGAAGACUUGUGAAGAGCAAGAUAAGGGGAUGUCACCUAGCAAACAAAGCAAAAUAAAAGAGUUAGGAAAGGCAGACGGGAACUCAAGCAAGCAGCAAAAAAGGACGCCAGCUGUAGCUGUGAUUUCACCUGGAAACCAGUGUCAUGGAAGCUCUCCAUGCAAAAACAAACAACAAGAAUUGUCAGCUGAGCCUUUGAAUAGAAAUCAAUGUACCCACCAGGAAGCCACCCCAACAAAGGAACUUCAAUCAAAGAAAGUUGCGAUUACCCAAGCCCUAGUGGUCACUGAGGAAGUGGACAGCAGUGACCAGAAGCCUCCACUAGAUGAUGACCUCAAUAGCUGUAUUCAGGCAAUUAAUGAUGCAACCACUGAUGCCAGUGAGCAAGUAUCAGAGAACCAGGAUACCUCAGAAAUAUGGCCUGAACCCCCACAACUAUCCCGGCUCCCCAUUGUUGUAGAAGUGAAUGAGGAAGUGACAGUACGCGACAGAGAACUGAAUGCUCAAACUCCACCAAUGGGCAGUGAGAUUAUCACUCCUGGCUCUCUCAUGCAGUUAAUGGAAGACUCAAUUGAAUGUUAAUCCCUUUAAGCCUCAUGCCUAAAAGAAAAGAAAUGGAUAAUCCGAUUUAUUGUUGUGGACAACAAGGCAUGAGGCUGGAAACCAUGCCUUGGUACCGUCCAACCCUGUUGGGAAUUUAAGGCUAAUAUUGUUGUGUGAACUAUAAUAGGAUCUGGUCUGAUAAACAUUACCCUUUUUAUACUUGUCCAGGACAAUUUUCAUUAAUCAGUGAUGGUGGAGGGUCAUAUCAAUGAAUAGCUCAGUCUACACGUGCAUUACUGUAUUAGCUGCACCAAUCUCACUCCUGUACUAACUGCAAACAUACAAACUGCUAUCAGUAGUUGUGGAGUCUGCUUUGUGUUAUAAAAUACAGCAGAUUAUGUAUAUCACCAAGACCCUGUUUCACAUUAAAGCUGUAAAAACUGUUUGUAAGAGGAAUGUGCAUGUGUAACAUAUGUGUCAGAUAACACCAGUUUUCACAAUGCAUGAAUUGCCUGAUAUGUUUAUUUGUAUCGUGAAAGUCCAGUGACGAAUGAAGCAAACAUAAUGUUUCUUCGUAGUUAUCUUACUGCCUUUAAAACAUCUCCAUUUUGGUCUUGUCAUUUGGAGAUGGACAAUCAGUGCUGGGAUGUCAGGUUGCUGCCAAUUUGUGCCAAUGAGUUGGUAACUUUACUGACUGUCUGAUAAAAGUGUAAUGCCUGUUUAUCAUUUGUAUUAUCAAUAUAUAACACUAUUUUCACCUUGAAA